AUGGGUGAUGGUACAAAGGCUAUGCAGAGUGGUGCAAAGCAAGUAUCCAGAGCACCUCGAGUACCAGUGUCAAGUGAGCAACUGCACAGGCUUAUGAGGGAUAACCCCGUGACUGUCGACGAAAUCCUACGUACCCCCGUCGUACUGAUUACUACGAAGGACGCAGACCCGGAUGGGAUCAAUCCAGCCAUUUGGGAACCACUGUGUCCAUUCAUACUUGGCUCAGCCGCCAUUCGUGCUUUGAACCCCUCCGAGUCACUUCAUACGAGCAUCGCUCGCAAUGUGCACACGCGUCUGCAGCGCUUGAUCGUGAAAUGUUCCAACAAUACAGGAGACGUGAAGUUUCAGCUGGCCAUGUUGGAAGUGGACAGUGAGCCAAAUUUUAUGAAACGGCACGUAGUCCUAGAAGAUUUGCACAAGGGCCAAGUGGAAAAGAUGAAAUUGUUGGCCCGACAGUUGUGCUGGCCCCCCGGUCUGGAUGAAGAUAUUGGUCGAACCGUUAUGAACUGCCAUUCCCGUGGUCUUUUCCUCUGGUCUCGUGGGAUAUUGUGUGCAAGUACCAGUGUGAUCCAGUGUUAA